UUUAUUGGAGGAGUACCCAUUCGUACUUCAUUGAAGUGCAUUCGUGGUGUGGAAUCGCUAAUGUGGAUCGCGCAUCGGCAGCUGUGGAUCGAUUAUCCAUCCUGUGAGAGGUUAUGGAGAAGCUGUGUUCCGAUUUGAUGUUGUUGGGUCCACACAAAUUCCCUUAAGCUUUCGAAAACAACAGCAAAUUCUUGUUUCCUAGCAAACAGUAAACUUCAAGGCAAAUCACAAGUAACCCGCACCAAGAGCACCGGAAAAUUGUUCAAAUUUAGACGCAGGAUUUGGUGUUAAACCUUCAGCGCGACAGGGCAGGACAGGGAGACAUUUUGCCACCUUGCAUUUGAUUUUCAUUUAACGCUCGUUUUCGGAACAAAGUCUAACCACAAAAACUAUGAAUGGCAGUUUAAGCCAAAUUACACAAAGGCCCUAACAAAGCCGGGCGGAGAGAGAGGGAGAGAGAGAUAGAGAGUGAGAAGACAGGGAAAGGGAGAGCAGCAACAACCACCACAGUGGAACGGAAGCCAUAUGCAGAAAAACUACAAAAACAGCAAUAGUCACAGGGAGAGAGAAAGAGGGAGAGACAGAGGCAGCCAGCGGUAAAUGUACCGCAUUAAAUUGGACCCGCCCCGCCUUUAGAGCUAUGCACAUAUGUAUAUGCAGACAGAUAAUGAGACAACAUGCCCGUUUCACUCACUCGCACGCAGGCGCAUAUCGGAGCAGAUAAAAUCCACAAGCGGGCGAGAAGGCGAUGGCAGCUCUAGACCAACACUCGCCGUCGCAGUCGCACUCCAGCAGUGGAAUAGCAGAAAAACGAGUUUCACCACUAUGCGCUGGUGUGCGUGAGAGUGAGAAGCUGAGAGAGCGCGCCGGCGCAAGAGCUACAGCCACUUCCCACAUCGUACACUUGGUGGUGGUGCGACGACUCUCCGAAUUAUUCAAACCGCAACCGUCGUCGAGUAAGCACCGUUGUUUCGAAACCGAGCGCGUCGAUCGCAAACGAAACGAAACGAAAAAAACAAGUAGAAAGUUGUUUCGUCUUCCACGGAAUUUCGACAUUCGACAAAGUUUCCCCAGUGUUUCCAGUGAUUGUGUGUGAAUAGUUUAUUCAGUGAAUAUAUACAGCGACCCGAUGAGGCGCCCCGUAUAAACUCCAACCGAGCGCAGAACCCAAGGAAGUCCUCACAGUGGAUUCCCCCCAACUACAAACGCUUCGCAGAGGAUUAGCCAGAAAUUCCAAAUACAAAACAUACGUGUACACCCGUGUCCCAGAGAAGCCGCCAACAUAGCCGAGCUACUAGCCGCCUCGCCACCCGCCAGCACCACGCGCGUAUUUAUGACUAAGAUGAUUCCGCCGGUACCCACCUCAGCCGUCAUGAUGCCCACGCCCAAGCAGAAGAUCGGCUUUAGCAUCGAGUCGAUAGUCGGCAACGAUGCAGCCUCGAUUGCCGCCGGCAAUCAGCAGAUGCGUGCCACCUCCGACCACAGCGCCAGCCCGCCGCCAGGAGAGCGCAACGGACCCGGAUCGCCGCCCCAGACCCCGCCGGCGGCCAUCACCAUGCUGCCGCACCACCUCAUGGCCCCGCCGUCGCACGGCAUGCCCCUGCCGCACCACAUGUCGCCACAUCAGCUCCAGCAUCAGCACCCCCAUGCGCAUCAGCAUCAGCACCAGCAUCCUCAUCCACAUCUAUCGCCGGCCCAGCAGCAUGUUCUGCACCAGCACCUCCUCAUGCAGCAGCAGGGCACACCCAAGACCCACCAGGACAUCCAUGACCUGCUGCAGCGACUGCACCACAACGCGGCCGUGGCCAGCGGCAUGAGUCCGCUCCAGACACGCCUCUCUCCCGAGUCGGACGCAGCGCCCGCUCCCGUUUCCCUCAAGCGCGAGCGUUCUCCGGCUCCACCGUCCAUGGAGCAGGCCGAGAAUCCCUCCCAGCGUAUUCAGCCGCCACACACGCCUCCGAAAUCCGUGUCACCACAGUCAUCUCAGCCCUCCUCAUCGCCCAGCCUGCUGGUCAGCAGUCCGCACAACACGCCCCCGCAGCAGCAGCAGCCACCAAACUACCCCAAGCCCGGAAUGCAUCCGGCAGGAGCCAUGAUGAUGCAAGGAAUGCCGCCAGCCGGCUUGGUGCGACCCUUCCCCGUGGGCCCAGGCGGACCCCCGAUGCCGCCACAGGGACAGCCCGGCAUGCCGGACAUCAAGGCCCUGCCGCCGUACAUCAACGCCCCGCCAGAGAUGCCGCCCCAGCACAAUCCUCACCUGAUCGCCGCCGCCCAGUUCCAGAUGGCUGCCGCCAUUCAAGCGGGACAUGUCCUGGGUCCCGCUGCAGCGGCCGCUGCCGCCGCAGGACUGCCACCCCAUGCCGCACAAUUCAUGCCAAAUCCUGGCAUGGCACGGGACAGCUACCAGCUGUAUCCCUGGCUGCUGAGUCGCCAUGGACGCAUCUUUCCACACCGUUUCCCUGGAAGUUUCCUGGUGCCGCCAUUCCGCAAACCCAAGCGCAUUCGCACCGCCUUCUCGCCCUCGCAGCUCCUGAAGCUGGAGCACGCCUUCGAGAGCAACCAGUAUGUGGUGGGGGCCGAGCGCAAGGCCCUCGCCCAGUCCCUCAACCUGUCGGAGACGCAGGUGAAGGUCUGGUUCCAGAACCGUCGCACCAAGCACAAGCGGAUGCAGCAGGAGGACGAGAAGGGCGGCAGCGGCAGCUCCGAGCGCAAUCACCACAAUGGCAGUGGGGACGAGGACGACGAUGAGCUCAUCGAUAUGGAGAUGGACGACUGUGCCAGUGAUGAGGAGCACGAUCUGGAUGCCAGCCACUAGAACCACUAGGCUGUUCCGUCCGUGAGUUCCUUACCCAGUCGAUGGGGUCACCAGUUCCCAGAAGCUCUCCCGCGAAUAAAAUAGUUUGUUUUUUGUGAUAUAUUCUUAAAUAAUGGCGAUGGCGAGCAGCGUCAGGCGUACGUCACGUGUAUAUAGCAGGCGAUAGAAAGUAUUAGAGAUUUCAGGCCCCCUCCAACACCAUCUAUAAAAUAUCUCCUUCUCAAGAACAGUGCCAAAUCCUUUGCCAGGGGGCCCCGAAGAACCAAGAAGUUGAGUAGAGCUCAAGGUGGGAAAACGUUUUCCUCUUCUUCGAAGCUUUUCUCUCUCCAAAAAAUAAAAACAAAACAACACAAAAAAUCUAUAUAAAUUAUAGUAUCCAUAACUGUACAAAUCUAAUGGUUUAAGCGUGUAAA